AUGUUAUAUUUAUUUCUCAUAACAAUAUGUCUAUUAAAAUAUGGUAUUGUGAUCACUGAGGCCAGAGGUGGUUGCAGUGAGCACCGGCUUUGUUGUCCGGGUCGGGACUCAUCGUGCGCUGCAUUGCAACCAAAAGCCACGCUAUCGGCUCUGACACCUCUCAACUCGAUAGUCGAGGAAUUGGCUGAUAAGCACUGUUACUGUGACAGCGCCUGUAUUACACUCGGAGAUUGUUGUCUCGAUUAUAAACAAACUUGUGGUGUAAUUGACUGUCAGGUCACCGAUUGGACCGAUUGGUCGGAAUGCGAUUCCGACUGUGGAUUAGGUACUCAACUAAGGAGUCGUACGAUAAUACGUGAGCCACAAAACGGGGGCAAAGAGUGUCCCGAAGUUCAUCAGAAGCGGGCCUGUACGGGACAAAAGUGCCAGUUUAUGGCCAAUGAUAAAGUUUAUAGAGAAACCGCACUUAUAUUACAAUCGAGUUUUUCUGAGACCCGUUUGGUGGACGACUCGAUUGACAUCAGAAGUAAUCUAAGAUUAAGAUAUCCUAAAGACCCGCAAAAAGAGAAUAGUCACGAGUAUUGUGUAGUGUUUGAGAUUGUCAAGUCUCGCAAGUCAUGUGACACAUUGGGCAUUGAGUUGAGCCGUAAAUUGGAGCAGGGUAAUAAGGUAUGUGUCCAAUGCCAGGACGCAGCAAUGCGCAAACAUUUGGGCUACCGAUGCCACGGACACGGCGUCGAUGGCAAAGUUACCCGAUGGACAACACUGGCCGGCAGUUCGUGUCACGGACGGUGGAUCCGUAGGGAACAGUACACACACUGUCCUUGUCAUGCAAGUGGUCACCCGGACUUCAUAUUUGUUUGAUCACUACAUCAUUGCAUUAUCACAUUUUGAUUAUUUAAUUAUUGAAUAUUUAUCUUUAGGAGAAAUUUAUGUUUAUUACUAAAUAUAAUUUGAAAAUUUAUCACUAAU